UUGUCAUCUGUCACCGUGUAAUGAUUUGGAUUCCACAUCGUACGGUUGUAAAUGUGUCCGGCUUGUGUAUAAAUAGGAAAUUAUUCUCUCGAUAAAACAUGACAGACAAUGAAAACCAAAAUGGUCCUACUGGGGAUCAACCGCAAGAAAAGACUGCCAAGCAACUCGAAAAGGAGGCGAAAAAGGCAGCAAAACUAGAGAAAUUGAAAGCGAAGUUGGAUAAGAAAAGCACGGCGCCAGCUGUGCAGAAAGAUAAGCCCGAGAAAAAAGUCAAGGAAACAAAAGAAAGUGCAGUGUACACCGUUGACACUGCACCAGGAGAUAAGAAGGACAUAUCUGGUUCUAUGCCUGAUGCUUACAGUCCAUUAUAUGUGGAGGCAGCCUGGUAUGCUUGGUGGGAAAAACAAGGAUUUUUUAAACCUGAAUAUGGAAGGAAAUCAGUACUGGAACCAAAUCCUAAAGGGAAGUUUGUGAUGGUGAUUCCUCCGCCUAAUGUGACAGGCACCUUACAUCUUGGACAUGCUCUCACCAAUGCUGUUGAAGAUGCAAUCACAAGAUGGCACAGGAUGAAUGGCCGAACCACUCUGUGGAAUCCUGGUUGUGAUCAUGCCGGUAUUGCCACUCAAGUGGUGGUUGAGAAGAAGUUGUGGAGAGAGGAGAAGAAAACGCGCCACGAAUUGGGAAGAGAGGAGUUUAUCAAGCGUGUCUGGGAAUGGAAAAAUGAAAAAGGCGGAAGAAUCUACGAACAACUUCGCUCUUUAGGCUCCUCAUUAGAUUGGUCCCGCGUCCGUUUCACCAUGGACCCCUCCAUGUGCCGAGCUGUCAACGAAGCUUUCAUCAGAUUACACGACGCAGGAGACAUCUACCGAGCCAACAGACUGGUCAACUGGUCGUGUGCGCUGAAAAGUGCUAUAUCCGAUAUAGAGGUAGACAAGGUGGAGCUGACUGGUCGAACCCUGCUCGCCAUACCUGGGUACGAUAGUAAGGUGGAGUUCGGAGUGCUGGUACUGUUCGCAUACCGCGCCGAGGACUCGGACGAGGAGGUGGUGGUGGCGACGACCCGCGUGGAGACCAUGCUGGGGGACGUCGCCGUCGCCGUGCACCCGCAAGACGCCCGGUAUAAACAUCUGAUUGGAAGAAACUUGUCACAUCCAAUCAUCAAGAGGAAACUUCCAGUCGUUGCUGAUGAAUAUGUUGAUAUGAACUUUGGAACAGGUGCCGUUAAAAUAACCCCGGCGCAUGAUCCGAACGAUUACGAGAUCGGCAAACGACACAACUUGCCAUUCAUCACAAUCUUCGACGACGAAGGCCGGAUGCUGGACAACUGUGGACCAUUUUCUGGCAAGAAACGUUUCGACGUCCGACGUGAGAUUAUAAAGGUUCUGGAACAUGCAAACUUGUACAAAGAGACGAAGGAUCACGCUAUGGUGGUACCGCUCUGCAGUCGCUCCAAGGAUGUGGUGGAACCCAUGCUUAAACCACAAUGGUACAUUCGCUGUGACAAUAUGGCGGCUGAAGCGAUCAAAGCGGUGAAAACCGGCGAGCUGAAGGUAAUCCCCGACGUGCACGAGAAGAUAUGGUACCACUGGAUGGAGAACAUCAGAGAUUGGUGCAUCUCCCGUCAGCUCUGGUGGGGGCAUCGGAUACCCGCCUACCGCGUCACAUUGCCGACCGCCAGCGAGGACGGUGAGGAAUAUUGGGUAUCAGCCCACUCUGAACAGGAAGCAUUGUCAAAAGCCGCUUCCAAGUUCCAAGUGGCCGCGGCAAAUAUCAAGCUGACGAGAGAUGACGACGUGUUGGACACUUGGUUCUCGUCUGGACUGUUCCCCUUCUCUGUCUUCGGAUGGCCAGAUCAAACUGAUGAUUUACAGGCGUUCUAUCCGGGCACGCUUCUGGAAACCGGACACGAUAUAUUGUUCUUCUGGGUGGCCAGGAUGGUGUUUUUCGGACAACGUCUUCUAGGAAAAUUACCUUUCAAGGAAGUGUACCUUCACCCCAUGGUCCGCGAUGCCCACGGUCGCAAGAUGUCCAAGUCCCUGGGUAACGUGAUAGACCCAGUGGAUGUAGUCCGGGGUAUCACCCUGGAACAACUUCACGCGCAAUUGGUGGACUCGAAUCUGGAUCCAAAAGAAAUUGAGAAGGCGAAGCAGGGACAGAAGCAGGACUACCCGAAUGGUAUUCCUGAAUGUGGAACGGAUGCCCUGAGGUUCGCGCUGUGCGCCAUGACGCAGGGCCGCGACCUCAACCUGGACAUCCAGCGCGUGCAGGGCUACCGCUUCUUCUGCAACAAGCUGUGGAACGCCGACAAGUUCGCGCUCAUGUACUUCCCUGCCGAUACCACUUACAAGUCACACCCACCAACUCUUCCACCCGGACUGUCCUCCAUGGACCGCUGGAUGCUAUCCAGGUUAGCGUUGGCAGUGCAGAAGGUCAACUCAGGUUUCGAGACCUAUGACUUCCCAUCAGCAACAACCCAUUGCUAUAACUUAUGGUUAUACGAUCUCUGUGACGUUUAUUUGGAAUACCUCAAACCCGUGUUCGCUCAAGGGACAGAAGAACAAAAAGCGGCAGCUCGUAAUACUCUCUACACCACGCUGGAGUAUGGACUCAAGCUACUCAGCCCCUUCAUGCCCUUCGUCACCGAGGAGUUGUACCAACGACUACCGAGAGCAGACAAGAGCUGUCCGUCCAUCUGUGUGGCGGAAUAUCCUACUAAAUCAGACACACCUUGGCGCUCAGAACAGCUAGAAGCAAACGUAGAUACCGCUCUCAAAAUUGUUCAUCUUAUCCGUUCAACGCGGUCCGAGUACAACCUCACGAACAAACAAAAGACCACAGCUCAUUUACUGAUAUCGGAUGACUUGCAAGAGGUCAGGGAGCUGUUCAAGAAGGUGCAAUCGUUGGCAAACAGCGAGCUUAGUGACGACCCUCCGCCGACGGGCUGCUCAAUAUUAACCGUUUCGGAUAAAAUUGAAGUGCAUUUAGUUCUGAAGGGACUCAUUGAUCCAGCGAAGGAAAUCACGAAAUUAGAAAAGAAAAAAGAUACUCUAACCCAAACUAUCAAUAAGCUGCAACAAGCGAUAGGUGCUGACGAUUACAUCACAAAGGUGCCGCCGGAAGUACAGAAAGCCAACUCAGAAAAACUAACACAAUCUCAAGGCGAAAUGGAACGCUUACAAGCAGCCAUAGAAACUUUGAAACUUAUGUAACUAUUUAGUUGUGGAUAAUAGCUGAAUGUGUAAAAUUUUUUACCCUAUCCCUAAGAUAAUAGAGAUGAGAAUGUCUUUCAGAGUUUAAUAUAAGUUUCUUAAUAUCAACAAUGCAGUAUAUUGUAUAUAGAGCAGUUUGCAUUUAUAAAAUUUACUACUUUGAAAUUUACAAAGAAAAAAAAUA